GGGGCGCAGGCAGCGGGCUGGCGGCGGGGCGAGCGCGCGUCGGGGCCAUGCCGCGCUCCUUCUUGGUGGACUCACUGGUGCUGCGCGAGGCGGCCGAGAAGAAGGCGCCCGAGGGUAGCCCGCCGCCGCUCUUUCCCUACGCGGUGCCGCCGCCGCACGCGCUGCACGGCCUGUCCCCCGGAGCCUGUCACGCUCGCAAGGCCGGGCUGCUGUGCGUGUGCCCUCUGUGCGUCACCGCCUCGCAGCUGCACGGGCCCCCGGGGCCGCCGGGGCUACCUCUGCUCAAAGCGUCCUUCCCGCCCUUCGGCUCGCAGUACUGCCACGCGCCCCUGGGCCGCCAGCAUUCGGCCGUGUCGCCCGGGGUCGCCCACGGCCCCGCCGCGGCCGCCGCGGCCGCCGCGCUCUACCAGACCUCCUACCCGCUGCCCGACCCCCGGCAGUUCCACUGCAUCUCCGUGGACAGCAGCUCGAACCAGCUGCCGAGCAGCAAGAGGAUGCGCACCGCGUUCACCAGCACGCAGCUGCUGGAGCUGGAGCGUGAGUUCGCCUCGAACAUGUACCUGUCCCGACUGCGCCGCAUCGAGAUCGCGACCUAUUUGAAUCUGUCGGAGAAACAGGUGAAGAUCUGGUUCCAGAACCGCCGGGUGAAGCACAAGAAGGAGGGCAAAGGCAGCAACCACCGCGGCAGCAGCGGCGGCGGCGGCGGCGGCGGCGGUGCGGGCGGGGGCGCCCCGCAAGGCUGCAAGUGCGCGUCUCUCUCCUCAGCCAAAUGCUCCGAAGAUGAUGACGAAUUGCCCAUGUCUCCGUCUUCGUCGGGCAAGGAUGACCGGGACCUUGCCGUCACUCCCUAGGCGCGCGCCGCCGCCCCCAGGCGCUCCCUGCGCCUCCGAGACUGAAGCGGGAGCCCCAGCCUCCGGUCCUGGGCGCGCUCUGCGCAGAUUUGGCUCCUCUCUGCAUAGACCCUGGGCAGCGCUGACAGCUUGACCGAGACUUGGCGCGGGUGACCCCUGCCCAGAACCUGAGGUCGGGCAAACGGACUUAGCUCUGGGGACACCGCGAGCGUACAGGGGUUGUCGGCCUUGCGGCGCUAGCCCCAUGGGCAGCCGGCUGGCCCUGCGCCUUGUUGGCCACCGUCGCCUCCUCCCUUGCCGCUCUGGACCAGCUCAAGCUUUCUCGCUUGCCCCCUUCUCCACACCCUUGAUCCAGUUCGUCAGCCCUCGGUGCCCGUUUGCAUCCUCUUUUCUUAAGCCUUUCCUUCCUUAAUUCUGUCCUGCUGUAGCGCAUACUCACACACACACACACACACACACACACACACACACACACACAUCCCUGUCCCACUCACCCAUCCACCCAUGUGCUGCUCUUCUGGGGCUCUGGGGCAGUUUGGGGGUCUCCAGUACUUUUGGUUUCCUUUCCUCUCUUCUGUCCAGUCAAUCCGUUUAUCCCUCAAGUAGGCCUUGCUGUGCCCGCAGCUCCUCCCUCAGGAGAGAAAUGAGCUUUGGAAUCCGUGUGGGAAAACUCGAUUCAUUCUGUAGCCCACUUGCCUUGCAUUCUCCUACGCUUCCAGUCUUUGUCUUGGGGGACAUCUGUCACCCCUGCCACCACCGACCCCCCUUCCCACAGCUGUAUCCCAGUAUGGUC